ACCGAAUCCCUCUCCUCCCUUCUGUUCCGUUCUGAAUCUUCUCUCUCUCUCUUUCUCUCUCUCUGCAACUGCACGGAACACACGCGCGCGCUCACACACAGAGCAUAAUUCUCACAAUCAAGGACGCUUCCUACGACAAUCGAAUUCGCGUCGUUCUCAAUUUUCAUGGAGCUCGGGAUUGAUGGCUCCAUUAAUGGUGAGACAAUAGCACAUGCUACCAUAGGAGAAGUUAGCAGUAGCUUUGCUGAUGAAGAUAAAAUUGCUAGCUGUUCCUUUGAUCCAGCUUACAAACAAGAUCAAGAUGGUAAUAUAACACAAGAUUCUUCUGGAGGGGACACAAUCCCCUCAGCAAUUCCUGCUGUAUCGGUUGUGUCAGCUGAUGAGCCAUACGUGGGUCAGGAGUUUGAUUCGGAAGCAACAGCGCAUGCAUUUUAUAAUGCAUAUGCCACGCGUGUUGGAUUUGUCAUACGUGUAAGUAAGCUCUCACGGUCAAGGCGUGAUGGUUCUGCAAUUGGACGUGCUCUUGUUUGCAACAAAGAGGGUUACAGAAUGCCCGAUAAGCGUGAAAAAAUUGUAAGGCAAAGGGCAGAGACAAGGGUUGGUUGCAGGGCAAUGAUUUUGGUGAGGAAAGUUAGUUCCGGUAAAUGGGUUGUCACGAAGUUUGUAAAGGAGCACACACACCCUUUGACACCUGGAAAAGGCAGAAGGGAUUGCAUUUAUGAACAAUAUCCGAAUGAACAUGAUAAAAUUCGAGAACUAUCUCAGCAAUUGGCUAUAGAGAAAAAACGGUGUGCAGCUUAUAAAAGGCAACUUGAAUUGUUAUUUGAACACAUUGAGGAGCAUAAUAAUAGUCUUUCAAAGAAAAUACAGCACAUAGUAGGCAAUGUGAAGGAGAUUGAAGCUGAAGAACAACAGCGUCAUAGAUAGGUUCAACUAUUAAUUUCUAGUAUUUGAGGUAUUUCACCGGAUGAAACACAAUCAAUGACCAGUGUUGAAGGUGCUACUAGGAAAAAUCAUGCAAGAAGUAUAUUUGCUGACCAAGGCAUAUGCUCCAUUUAGCAUUAGGUUCAUUUGGUAGAUUAGUUUUUCAAGUUCAAUGGAAUUCAUUGGACAACUUUAUAUGGUGUGAUACUUAAGUUGGUAGAAGAAACCAGUUCAGUCAAUGUACAGGUCCUUUUGAGUCCAUUCUUGUGUAGUUUGUUCUAACAAUAUUAUGACCCAUAACAGGCAUUCAAAUGCCUUGAUAGAAUUUACUCCAUUGUUGAUUUUGUAAA